GCCCCAAAUCUGUCCAUUCUAAGCUCCGUACCCUGGGGGGAGGGCGGAGGAGGAGAAGGUCAUUGGGCAGAGAGGGACAGAGGGUCAUUCGGCUGUGAAGGAAGUGUGCGCCAGGAAACAAUGGAGUGCGCGGGGAAAGGGAGGGGAACUCGGUGUUUGGGCGCACCUAGAAGACGCUGUAGCCGCUGCGGAGCCGUUGCUUAUUGUUCUGCCUCUCACCAGAUUUUGCACUGGAGUGAUCAUAAGGAAGAGUGCAAAAGAUUUGAACAACAAAUGAAACGUGUAGAUAUCUUGAAUGACUUUCCUUUCACAUUUUCUCAAGAAGCUACACUUCAGGUCCUUGAAAAGGAGACUAGGUGUUUAUUCUUGAGCAAAAGGGGCAUCCAUCAAAUGGGAAUGUGGUUACAUGAAUGCUCUUGUGGGGCGUCAGUUACUUCCUCUAAUUGCUCUAGGUCAAAUGACGGUUGGCAUCUUCCCCGAAUCUUGUGCCCUUGUACUGAGCCUGUUUCUCCAAUGUCGAAGCAGUUAAGUGGUUGGAAGGACUACCAUGAGUGGAGGUGCAUUCCACUUCAUUCACCUGCUGCUUUGCUUCUUCACUGGCCACUUACAAUUUAUCAUGCCAUUCAAUUAGCUGGUUUGGGAAGUGUGAACCAUGAAUUCAGGGAGAAACUCUACAUACACUAUCUCGGGCCUGAGAAAGAGCUUCUUCAACUUACUGUCUUCUCAGAGUUGCAUGCACUUUUUCCUGGUGUGCAUGUCCAUAUAGAGCUUGUUGGACCUGCAAUUCCAUUAAAUAGGGAUGGUGAGAGUAUUGAUCUUUGCAAUCAUGCUCAUUGCCUUGAGACAGAUUGCAGCUGCAAAUCUUCAAGUGAGAGUAUGAGCAUGGAUGUAAAGACUAGCCGGACUUCAAAAGUGACAUUGCAGCUUCGAAGUGGGCUUUACCAUGAUCGAUACAGGGAUAUAGCAGAGGAUUUCUCUCCUCAUUUGGUGAUUGCACCAAAUGCUGGCAUUGCUGCUUAUUCAAGUUGGUUGCCUACAGUUGAGCUAAUAAAGGAGACAAAGGUCCCAGCAAUAUUUUCUGAUUACUGUGAAGAAGCUUGUCACCUUGGAGCUUAUUGUAUAAGCAUUAUAACUGGCCGUCCUCUCACAUUUCCUAUACAAUUAAAUCCAUUCAGGCAGCCGAUGGUGGUUGCAAACAGUGCUCUGUUUCUUCCUUGCUACAGUAAUUGCUUCCUCUUUGGGAUUUGAAAUGGUUUUGGAUGUCAAUUUAAGAACUGUUCGUUAGCUUGUUCUGAUGGAGUUCUUGAAGUCUCAACUCAAACAACGCAUAAAAGACAUGUUUAUUGAUGUAGCAGUACGGAAGUUUUCAGAUGUCCCUGUGUUCAAGAUACUACCAUAUGCGGGGUGUGAAUUUGGUGAUCAAGAUCAAGAAUCUUGAUGCAACCACCUUAAGCAUAUGUAGAAUGAAAGGUCUCACCAAAAAAGAAAGGAAGACCUGCAAGUUUUCCAAUACAACAUGAUAUGUUACAUUGCCAAUGUUUCUUCUGCGCUUUUUAUUCAAUACAGAAACCAAUGCCAUGGUUUACAAGUUUGGUUGUUCAGUGAAGUGUUUGACGGAUAAAAAGUUGUUCAAUCUUCUUUUCAGUUUCGCCUUUUUCUCAUGUAUGCUGGGGCUUCUCUCUUUUUUUGUUUGUUUUUCUUCCAUUGUCAUCAUAAGGAGUAUUUCAUCUUACGGCGUGUAUAUGGUUAUUGAUCGUGUUAUUUAAACUGCAAAAUGCUAAAUAUAGAUAUUACCUGAGAAACAAUGUUA